AUGGACGUUCGGGCUGGCGUCGCCGUCGGCGGCCUCCUCGUCGCGCUUCUCUGGCAGCGCCAGCGUCUCUGCGCCGCCGCCGUCCACUCGCACGUCUACGUGAGGCUGCGCGCGCGGGCCAUGGCGUGGCUUGUCGCGAUCUCGGGGUCGUCGUCGACGCUGACGCGGCUGGCGCCCGUCGAGCAGCUGGCGCCCAACGUGCUUCGCGUGCUCGGCCUCAACCCCGGGCGCAUGACGCUCCAGGGCACCAACACGUACGUCGUCGGUACCGGCGCGCGCGCAUCCUCAUCGACACGGGCGACGGGUCGCAUGCCGCAUGGCGUCGAGACGCUCUCGGACAUUGUGCUGACGCACGCUCACUUUGACCAUAUCGGCGGUCUCUGGCAGCUCCAGGCGCGCUUCCCGGACGCAAAAGUCUGGAAGAUGCUGACAUACGCGCCGUCGGCCUGCGAGUGCUCGGCGCAUGUGUCCAACGCGUAUGCCAUUGACGGCCUCCAGAUCUUCGACCUCGCAACGCUCCUCGCCAAUGACGAGGUGCUCACGACGGACGGCGCGGUGCUGCGACCGGUGUACACGCCGGGCCACACCAACGACCACGUGUGCUUUCUCCUCGACGACGACAAUGCGAUCUUUACCGGCGACUGCGUCUUGGGCGAAGGCACGUGUACCUUCCAGUCGCUCUCCGAGUACAUGGCUUCGCUCCGCGCCUUGCGCGCGUGCAACCCCACGCGGCUGUACCCCGGCCAUGGCCCGGUCGUCGAGAAGGCCGUCGACACCAUCGACAUGUACUUGAGCCACCGCCAGAAGCGCGAAGAUGAGAUCCUCGCCGUGCUCACGUCCAAGGGGCCAGUCGACGUAUCGACGAUUGUGGCGGCCAUGUACCCGUCGCUGCCAUACUUUUUAUCCUUGGCGGCUGCCCGCAACGUCCGGAUGCACCUGCGCAAACUGCUCGACGACGGCCAGGUCCGUGAGGUGCCAUCGACCUCGUGGUUGUCCCGGACGCCGCGGUAUGCGAUGGCGACCGUUCCGAACGAGUGAGUCGAUGUUGUCCUAAGCUGCUGGAGUGCGUGCAUACCAAGUCGAAAUAUAGCCAAGUUGUUUUGUGUCAUACUAGAA